AAGAUAGCAGAGAUGGACCGCGGCGGUAGUCUUCUAUAAUCGGAGCCGGAACUAAAGGAAGCGCAAACUGCGAAUAGAAACUUCUGGAUCAAAAGAAAGAUGGCGGGAGCGGCAGAGGCACAAAAACGACAGAGCGGGAGACCACUACCACCUCCGGCGAGAGGUCCUCCUCCUCCCCCUCGCCCUCGCUUUGAGCCUGUUGAUCGCGAAAAGACAUGUCCUUUAUUGCUUCGAGUUUUCACUAAGAUCGGGGGUCAUCAUUCUAAAGAAGAUUUUGCAGUGAGAGGGAAGGAGCCCAAGGAUGAGGUUCAGAUUUAUACAUGGAAGGAUGCUACACUUCGUGAGUUAACUGAUCUGGUCAAGGAGGUAGCUCCAGCAGCAAGGAGAAGAGAUGCAAGACUGUCUUUUGCAUUUGUAUAUCCUGACAAGAAUGGACGUUUUGUGGUGAGAGAGGUCGGGAAGACCUUUUCUUAUGGUAACGGGAGGCGAUUAGAUGACGGCAAAACCUUAGGUGAACUCAGCUUUGAGAUUGGAGAUUACUUAGAUGUGGCUAUCAUGUGAGAGGAGCUAUCUACUGUCUGACAUGUAUAAGACAGUUAAUAGAAUAGAGCCGACUUUGGAAUGGGAAGUGCUGCAAUGCAUUUCGCUCAAAACUUUUCCCUCUAUGAUGCAGGAAAUCAUCAACCUGAUGCAAAAUGUUGUGUGAUUGAAGUUAUUAAAAAUGUUAGGAAGGGACUGGUCCCUGGUAGGGAACCUUUAUAUCAUUGCUGCUCGAAUAUUGAAUCGAUAACCCUUGUAUUCAGUAAUGUAGCUUGAGAGUUUUGGGAAGUAUUAAAAUGUCAAAUCCAUUCUUUCCCUCUUCUCUUAAUGAAUA